AUGGGUCGAAAGUAUCAUUGUGAAUAUUGUGAUAAAAGAAUUCCACCUGGUUUAACUCAUCGAAAGAAUCACAAUCGAGCAGUUCAACAUAUCAAUAAUAAACGAAUGUAUUAUCUUCAGUUCAAAGAUCCGGCGGAGAUCCUCUUAGACGAACGAUCGAAGAGGAUGUGUAAUAAAUGGAUUCAGACUGGCUCAUGUCCGUUCGGCGAGAACUGUAAAUAUUCACAUCGGUCCAUUUAUGAACUCACACAGCUGAUUGAACAGGCUAAACAAAAUAGUUUUCCUAGCUCAUCAAACUUUGAUGUGCAAAGAUGGAUCGCGAAGAAACUACCAAGUGAUAUUAUUUUGCCUGCAUCUCUUACUUAA